GAUGCCUUCUGACUGAGAAAUUUCCCCAGGCCUGAACCUAAAGUCUCAAGUCCCAGAAAUGACUAGGAUUCCCUUCUAAGGCAGGGAAAUCACUCUAAGGAAUAAAUGCCAGUUUUGACCGUGGAUGACUUUAAAGGCUUGAAGUUGAAAAUCAGUAGCAAACCACCCCCCUGGAAUAGGGUUAGAGAUGUAAGUUUGCUCGAUCUCCUGUCUCAGACUGCUGUGCCCGCUAUCCAACAGUGACCCCUGCAGCACGGGCAGGACCUCCAGCAGCACAGACUGGAGGCUGGCUGCCCAGCAGAGCUGCAACGCCACCACCAAGGAAGAGGCACCUUCCAGCCACCCUGAUCUUGGUGGAGAAACUGACGCAAAGAGAAGUGAUGAAAGAUGUGGCCAUUUGGGCCCCAUUCUGGCUCCCUAGGAAGGUUACUACACCCUCCCUGCAGCCUUGGCGACCCCAGAUCAGGUGAGAGGAACUCUGGCCACCUCCUUCUUCAGUGGGGCCAAGCCUGAACCCAGGCGUCGGGGGAGAGGGUGUGUGUGUGUGUGUGUGCGCGCGCGCGCGCCCGGGCGCGCGCGCGCUGGGGGGAGGGGGAGGCUGCAUUCGCCUGGUCAAGGCUGGGAGUGGAGGGUAGGGUGGGGAAGCCCCAGGCUCGGGGAGGGGCUGCAGCUCCGUCAGCCCGGCAGAGCCACCCUGAGCUCGGUGAGAGCAAAGCCAGAGCCCCCAGUCCUUUCCUCGCCGGCUUGCUAGCUCUCUCGAUCACUCCCUCCCUUCCUCCCUCCCUUCCUCCCGGCGGCCGCGGCGGCGCUGGGGAAGCGGUGAAGAGGAGUGGCCCGGCCCUGGAAGAAUGCGGCUCUGACAAGGGGACAGAACCCAACGCAGUCUCCCCACGGUUUAAGCAGCACUAGUGAAGCCCAGGCAACCCAACCGUGCCUGUCUCGGACCCCGCACCCAAACCACUGGAGGUCCUGAUCGAUCUGCCCACCGGAGCCUCCGGGCUUCGACAUGCUGGAGGAGCCCCGGCCGCGGCCUCCGCCCUCGGGCCUCGCGGGUCUCCUGUUCCUGGCGUUGUGCAGUCGGGCUCUAAGCAAUGAGAUUCUGGGCCUGAAGUUGCCUGGCGAGCCGCCGCUGACGGCCAACACCGUGUGCUUGACGCUGUCCGGCCUGAGCAAGCGGCAGCUAGGCCUGUGCCUGCGCAACCCCGACGUGACGGCGUCCGCGCUUCAGGGUCUGCACAUCGCGGUCCACGAGUGUCAGCACCAGCUGCGCGACCAGCGCUGGAACUGCUCCGCGCUUGAGGGCGGCGGCCGCCUGCCGCACCACAGCGCCAUCCUCAAGCGCGGUUUCCGAGAAAGUGCUUUUUCCUUCUCCAUGCUGGCUGCUGGGGUCAUGCACGCAGUAGCCACGGCCUGCAGCCUGGGCAAGCUGGUGAGCUGUGGCUGUGGCUGGAAGGGCAGUGGUGAGCAGGAUCGGCUGAGGGCCAAACUGCUGCAGCUGCAGGCACUGUCCCGAGGCAAGAGUUUCCCCCACUCUCUGCCCAGCCCUGGCCCUGGCUCAAGCCCCAGCCCUGGCCCCCAGGACACAUGGGAAUGGGGUGGCUGUAACCAUGACAUGGACUUUGGAGAGAAGUUCUCUCGGGAUUUCUUGGAUUCCAGGGAAGCUCCCCGGGACAUCCAGGCACGAAUGCGAAUCCACAACAACAGGGUGGGGCGCCAGGUGGUAACUGAAAACCUGAAGCGGAAAUGCAAGUGUCAUGGCACGUCAGGCAGCUGCCAGUUCAAGACAUGCUGGAGGGCGGCCCCAGAGUUCCGGGCAGUGGGGGCGGCGUUGAGGGAGCGGCUGGGCCGGGCCAUCUUCAUUGAUACCCACAACCGCAAUUCUGGAGCCUUCCAGCCCCGUCUCCGUCCCCGUCGCCUCUCAGGAGAGCUGGUCUACUUUGAGAAGUCUCCUGACUUCUGUGAGCGAGACCCCACUAUGGGCUCCCCAGGGACAAGGGGCCGGGCCUGCAACAAGACCAGCCGCCUGUUGGAUGGCUGUGGCAGCCUGUGCUGUGGCCGUGGGCACAACGUGCUCCGGCAGACACGAGUUGAGCGCUGCCAUUGCCGCUUCCACUGGUGCUGCUAUGUGCUGUGUGAUGAGUGCAAGGUUACAGAGUGGGUGAAUGUGUGUAAGUGAGGGUCAGCCUUACCUUGGGGCUGGGGAAGAGGACUGUGUGAGAGGGGCGCCUUUUCAGCCCUUUGCUCUGAUUUCCUUCCAAGGUCACUCUUGGUCCCUGGAAGCUUAAAGUAUCUACCUGGAAACAGCUUUAGGGGUGGUGGGGGUCAGGUGGACUCUGGGAUGUGUAGCCUUCUCCCCAACAAUUGGAGGGUCUUGAGGGGAAGCUGCCACCCCUCUUCUGCUCCUUAGACACCUGAAUGGACUGAGAUGAAAUGCACUGUAUUGCUCCUCCCACUUCUCAGCUCCAGAGCCCCUUUAACCCUGAUUCAUACUCCUUUUGGCUGGGGAGUCCCUAUAGUUUCACCACUCCUCUCCCUUGAGGGAUAACCCCAGGCACUGUUUGGAGCCGUAAGAUCUGUAUCUAGAAAGAGAUCACCCACUCCUAUGUACUAUCCCCAAACUCCUUUACUGCAGCCUGGGCUCCCUCUUGUGGGAUAAUGGGAGACAGUGGUAGAGAGGUUUUUCUUGGGAAAGAGACAGAGUGCUGAGGGGCACUCUCCCCUGAAUCCUCAGAGAGUUGUCUGUCCAGGCCCUUAGGGAAGUUGUCUCCUUCCAUUCAGAUGUUAAUGGGGACCCUCCAAAGGAAGGGGUUUUCCCAUGACUCUUGGAGCCUCUUUUUCCUUCUUCAGCAGGAAGGGUGGGAAUGGAUAAUUUAUCAUACUGAGACUUGUUCUUGGUUCCUGUUUGAAACUAAAAUAAAUUAAGUUACUGGA